GGGCGGUGCUGCCGCCGCAUUUAUUGCCCACUCUGCAACACAUCAGCUGACUGUUACCUGCGUUUGGGAGGGGAGGGCGCCAUCUUAAACAAAAAUGCUCUAUUGCAAUUUAUCUGCUACCAGUUAAAAAAAAGACGACAGGCUUGUGGAUUUGUAACGAUUCAGCAUCCGAAGUGCUGCUCUGAUGCGAUAUCUCGCUGCCAGGACUGCCUUCCCUUGGUCGUGGUUAUGGCGGCAGCCGCUGGCAAAAGCUACUGUUUCAAAGUCGUGCUGCUGGGGGAAGGCUGUGUGGGGAAAACCUCCCUGGUGUUGAGAUAUUGUGAGAAUAAAUUCAGUGACAAGCACAUCACCACGUUACAGGCAUCUUUUCUGACUAAGAAGUUGAAUAUCAGUGGGAAACGAGUGACUCUUGCGAUAUGGGACACAGCUGGACAAGAACGGUUCCAUGCAUUGGGCCCCAUUUACUAUCGAGAUUCUAAUGGUGCUAUAUUAGUCUAUGACAUCACUGAUGAAGACUCAUUUCAGAAGGUAAAGAACUGGGUGAAAGAGCUGCGGAAGAUGCUCGGUAGUGAGAUCUGUCUCUGUAUUGUAGGAAAUAAAACUGACCUGGAAAAGAAUCGUAAUGUGUUAGUUGAAGAAGCAGAGGCCUAUGCAGCAUCUGUAGGGGCAAAGCACUUCCACACCUCAGCCAAAGUGAACAAAGGCAUUGAGGAACUCUUUCUUGAUAUCUGCAAAAAGAUGCUUGAAGUUGCCCAGGCAGAAGAAGCAGCAAGAGAGAGUGAUCCCACUCGAACAGGGAGUGCAAGGCGGGGGAUACAGAUUAUUGAUGAUGAGGCAGAACCACUAAGCAGUGGAGGCUGCUGCUCUUAAACCAAAGCUUGCCACUAAGCAGAGAAUGAGACUGCAGAGAAUUGGGGUCACUGGACACUGAGACUCACUAACAAACAAUAGCAACAGAAUUAACCAACUGAUUGGAGGUGGCAGUUAAGAUGCUACAGGCAUCCAUGCUGAGCUGAUGGUGAAGGAAUAUCCAUUGCUUUCUCUUGCUGAAAAGCUGCAAUUAUUUAUAUACUUAUGAAAUACUGGCAGAGGGGAAAAAUUUCUUUUGCAGGACUUCAAAGGAAAAAGCAGUGGCUGUUUUGGGAACUGGAUCAAAUGAUAAAAGAAAAAUGAAGUGUAGCCUGCACGAGGUGGGGUUUUGUGAAGGUAUGGUUAUGUAUCUAGAGACUAGGUCAGAAGACUACAAUUUGUGUAGUAUAAUGUAAUAUUCCAACAGUGAGGAGCUUGAAUUUGAUAGAAUCCUUUAACUGAUUCCCUUCAGCAGGGGAUGCAGGUGGUACACCACAGGUGUUCUUGGUGAUUUGUGUAGCAUGUGGUGCUUCUCAAAUUAAUUAUGCUUAUCCAGCUUUUAUACAACCCACCCAAACACAAGCUGGUGAGAUGAGGUGCCUAGCACAAUGCAUGUUUUGUAAACAUGAUAGUUGCUACUUUUUUAGAUGACUAAUGGCAAAUCACCUGUGCACAUUUCAGAGCUUUUUUCAAUUGCACUAGUGGCACUUUAAUUUAUUGCACAUUCAAUUUGUGCAGCCUUUUGGACAGGGUUGGCUUGAGUUGGUGCCAUUGUUUUUGACUGUUGUGCUUGUAUUGAAAUAUCUUGCACUCUUAUAAAAGUUACACCAAUAACCACAUUAUAUUCAGUAUUGACUUUAUCUAACCAGUGUUAUAGAAAGUCUAUUUAGAUUUCUCUAUCUUCUAUAAUAUAGACAUCCAAAUAGCUGGCCUAUUCUCUAGUUAUGUUCAAAAUAGCCUAUAUUAUUUAAGGUUGGCAAAAAAAAAAUCUUGAUUUCAAUUAUUAGGCACUUUUCACAUUAUUGCAAAAAUACUUUGGACACUAGUGAUUCUUAUACCUUAAGAGUUAUAGCUAAGGCAUACAAGAUCAAAAUAAAUUUCCUGGACAGAGAAACCAAAGUUGUACUAAUACUUUCUAUAUUUGUUGAAUGUAUUUAUUGGCCCAACUCCUUCAGUAAUAAGGAGAUCUGUUCUCUGCUGAUAAUUAUCUUGAACUAUUUUUUUUGACCAUGUUUAUUUAAAAUGGAAAUCUAACUUGAAACCAUAGGCUUUCUUAAAUUCAAGGUUAUCAGGCUAAUGCUUUGUCUAGAUUUUCCCUGCAUUUUUGUCACAUUUAAAAUAAAGGACUAGCUUUUAAA